UGUUUGCCCACGAGAUACUGGGUAAAAGAGGCGUGACUUCGAUUCUGUCAUGGCUUUAAAAUCAAUAUUCAUCAGCAGCGGUAAUCUUUAUAAGCCGAGCAUUGGUCUUCAUUUACCGCUGUGAUAACUUGAUAGAUACUGUCAUUAAGGAAUGAAAGCUGUGUAACCUAAACAAAACAGAUAUAACGUGUUAGUUUACAUUUAUUCUUUCAAACAACUUGACGAACAAGUCUGUUACAAUGUGGUUGGCUAUAGAUGGAGUUCAGAGCCCUCGCUCAGUACUGAGUAUAGUUCUUUUAACUCUUGCCAUCUACUGCAUCGACGGAACAACAGGCAUAGUUGAAGAAGAAAAGAUAUCCAGAAACAAAAGGAUGUUAGACAGAAUCGGAAGUGGAUUUAUCAAAAGAGAUUCGGACUCUAAGAUAGAAGAACUAGUUCCAAAGCUCAAAUACUACAUAGCUCAAAUGGCUUCUGAAGAAGGCGAUCAAAAUCUCCCGGAGAAAGCUGAAAAGAGAACUUUUGAUCGAUUAGGAAUGGGACUACUAAAGAAACGUCGAUUGGACCGGCUUUCCAUGGGUUUGAUAAAACGGGAUGAUGGGGCAUCUGGAAUGUAUGACGAUAUAUAUGAUGCAGAUGAUUUAGGCGAUGAAGCGGUAGACAAACGCUACUUUGACAGACUCAGUUCAGGAUUCAUCAAGCGUGACGACCCAGAGAAACAAUAUCUUGACAGACUUAACUCUGGUUUUAUCAGGCGUAGUAAUUUUGACCGUCUUGGAUCUGGAUUCAUCAAGCGACGUUUCGACAGAUUGGGAUCUGGAUUUAUAAAGCGUCAUUUCGACAGACUGAAUUCUGGACUGAUAAAAAGAAACUUAGACAGACUAAGCUCUGGGUUUAUCAAGCGAAGGGGAUUCGAUAGACUUAGUUCUGAUUUUAUUAAGCGCCAAGAAAUGAACAAAAGGAGGCUAGACCGAUUAGGAUCUGGUUUUCUAUAAACUUAAAUUCAUAGAUCUAUGAACCUUAAAUGUUGAAGAUAAAUAAUCAAAAGGCAGAUAUUUUUUGUAUAUAAAGAAAAAGUCAAAGUCGCCAAUGUUAUUGUAAAAUUUGUCUUCAGAAAAAUUCAAAGCAAAAUGGCUUGAUCGUGUUCGAAUUAACAAAUAGUGAUACAACUUCUGUGGCUGAAUAUGCGACAUUUAUUCUACAAUUACUAACAAUAGUAAAGUGGUCAAAAGUGAAAAUACAAGAAAUUUUCAUUCUUUAUGAUCAAUGUUAUUGUUAUGACUUUUACUUUGCUACACUGUAACAUAUCAAUUUCGUGUAUAGUCGCUGCAGUAUAUUUUGUGAUGUGAUAAAUGCUGAAAUAAAUAUACAAAAUACAAAACGCUAAAUAAGAAAGCAUAAA